CUGGUGACGAGCACUUCCUGCCUGCCGGGUGGGUCUUGCUUCCUGGUGUUGGAGGAGAGAGGAGCUUGUUCAGCCCAGUCUGGAGUGGCAUGCUCUUCUUGGUUCAGCCCGAAAACACAGGCUUCUGAAGGUUAGAAUUGUUCUUGUUUGCUUUCUGUGUACUGCUAAGAUUCUGAAUUAGAACAACGAGAGUAGACGGGAGUGGGACAAACUCUCCGCCAGCCUCUAGGGCCGGCCCUAUACUCUGAAACUAGGAAAAACUCCAAUUCCAACUGGAUUAUUAAACUUUAUAUUAUUUGAAUUCGCAGUCAGAUACGCGGACUAUCUUUUCUGGUCAUAGAGGGAGCUGAACUUCAGUUUCAGUCAUUCAAAGACAAACGGUCCUUAUUGGACCCCUGCUGUUUCCUCGCAGCUGGGGGCAUCUCCCUCCCUUGCCUCACCAAGCAGUGUCACCGAGGAUGACAAUCGUCUCUGUGCGUUUUCAUCUAAGAUAGAUGAGUGUGCACAAAGAUACUUGUGCGUGAAGGAGAUUUAAGUGGAAAAGUCGAUGCACAGAGACAGUCUCACUCUCUCGGCGUUGGAAGCCUGGGUCCAGUGGCAUGAAAAGUCGUUACAGCUGGAGACUUCCUCAGCUGCAUUGGAUGGCCGUGUUGUCCUUUGUGCUCCAACACGCCCUGAGCACUCCACAGUGCUUUUCUGCGUCGCCAUCUCAGCCGUUGAACCUUCUUGUUGGUUUCUUCCACCUGCUCCGCUGAAGCAGUCUUCACAUGCUGGGUGAGCAAAGCCCUGGUUCACCAGGGGUCGACGACCCGAUGGCUACCCUCGCAAGGUUUAGCCGGCCUGUCGAAGCCAUUGCCCGGGGUGUGGCCGCUGCCGCAUGCUAGCAGCUCCUGGGAGCCACAAGUGAGAGCUGGGUGUCAGGUGGGGGUCAGAGGCUGGAGAGCUGCCCUAGGAGGGCACGACAAGCCCUCCAUACCAGAGAUAUUACCCCUCCCUGAGCACCCCAUACACCCCACAUUAGCCACAUUAGACAAGAGCAUAUUAAAGGCCUAGAUUUAUGCAUGAAUAAUUCAGGAAGCUGCUUUCUCUACAACUCAGGAGGAGAGACUGCUCUUUCCUGAGGGUCUCUAUAAUCUUCUCUAGGCAGCUGCUAAUCUACAAUUACUAUUACUAGUCACUACUUGCCAACAUUGCACAAUUCCAUGCCAUCCAGGACCAACAGAGCACUGUCUACGCUACAGAAACCGGAAGUAGAAAAAGCAGCGGCAGACCUACGAAUUCAACAGGAGGAAGGAGACUUCCGCGUUCCACUAGGAUGAUCCCAGACUACGGAGUAGUACAAUAGCAUGGCAGGGGUUUAGGGAAGGAGCACAGAACUCUCGCUCUUGGAUUACACAAGGAAGGCGAGAGAGAGCUCGAUUCUUUUCCCUUAAAGACACACCACCUGACUUACCGUCUAGCUAGAGGCAACUUCAGGGGAAGCAGCAUGUCCUAAGAGUCUCGGGGAGCCCAAACAGCAAUCACGGGCGGAAUGUCCGCAGGGCGAAAGGACGAAAAGCUUUGCAAAGUGCAAACACGGUGGCUGGAAUGUCCAAAGAACCUCCUCGGGAGGGGCGUGCCUGGUAAAUUACGCGUAACGCUUCAAUGCACUGCCACUGGCCACGUCUACACCUCCCAUUAGACUGAGAGCCUUCCCAUGGCUGUUCUUGGAUUCAGUCCGGGCAGAGAAUGACUUGGACUCCAUCUAUCGCAUUCCUGAGGCAGGCAAUAUAUACUCCCCCCGACACCGGAAAAGGCCCGGCUCUGGCCGGACCGGACCAGGAACCCCAUUCGGACCUCCUUCCGGCGUCCUCCUGACUGGCUUUGGGAAGCAGCGCCAGAGAAAGUCCCCUUCGGAGCGCGAGAGCCCCCCUGGAGAUCGAUCUGCUACCCAGAAUCCCCCGCGCGGUGCCCUCGGCCCCCCUCCUGCCCCGCAUAAGCCCCGAGCUGUUUUAGGCCCGAGAAGAGCUGGGAACUGGGGACGCCGGAGGCCGCGGGAAAGCCAGGAGACCGGAGCGCCCUACAGAGAGCGGGGAGGACAGAGGGAGGGCAGGGCCUCGUACCCACUGGGGAGGGGGGGGGGCGGAACCGGGACCAACUGACUGCGAGUGCGGAGAAUUAAAGGGGAGGAACGGGAGGCGGGGAAGGGAGGUUCAGGAGGAGGGGAGAGGGGGAGGGCCAGGCACAAGGGGCGGGGCCGAGUAAUCUGGCCCGGAAGACGCGGCGCAGAGGCCUUCGGGAACCCGGAAGUGAAGAUCUCCGCCAGUCCCACCUCCUCCUCUUACAAAGAUUUUCCUGCUGUGGCUCGAUAACCGGCUGUCAACUCCCUCCGACGCGCGCUUCCAGCCUCGGGAGCCUGGAGUGCCCGGAUGGCCUUGGAGAGGGACAGACUCCCAGCCCAGGAGGUGGUUUCGUUCAAGGAUGUGGCUGUGGACUUCACGCGUGAGGAGUGGCGCCUCUUGUCCCCUCCCCAGAAGGAGCUGUACAAGGAGGUGAUGCUGGAGAAUGCCCGGAACCUGCUCUCUGUGGGGCUUCCAGCUCCCUCAGAAGAAGUGAUCUCUUAUUUGGAACAGAGGGAAGCCCCGUGGAUACUGGAGCAAGAAGGCCUGAGGAACUGCUGCUCAGAAGGAGAGAUUAGACCUGAAAUGAAGGCAAAUCCAACAGAGGUGAGCUAUCCUGUGGAAGAAAUGGUCCUACAAAGAUUUAUGGAUGGCAGUCCUGAUGACUUUGCCUCUACGGAAUUCUGUGUUGCACCUCAAAUGUCAUCUCAUAUUGAACAUCAAAAAAUGCACACUGAGGAAAAAUCUGGUGAAAAUAAUCAGUGUAGAAAGACUUUUAUACACAGGUCCAGUCUUGCUGGACAUGAAAGAAUCCACACUGGGCAGAAACCUUAUGAAUGCAAGCAGUGUGGAAAGACAUUCAAUCAGAGGUACCAUCUUGAUGUACAUCAGAGAAUCCACACUGGGGAGAGACCUUAUCAAUGCAAGCAAUGUGGAAAGACAUUCACUUGUACCUCCAGUCUUGUUGUACAUCAGAGAAUCCACACUGGGGAGAAACCUUAUGAAUGCAAACACUGUGGAAAGGCAUUCACUUGCUCCUCUGGUCUUGCUAAACAUCAGAGAAUCCACACUGGGGAGAGACCUUAUCAAUGCAAGCAAUGUGGAAAGACAUUCACUUGUACCUCCAGUCUUGCUGAACAUCAGAGAAUCCACACUGGGGAAAAGCCUUAUGAAUGCAAGCAGUGUGGAAAGGCAUUCAUUCGCAGGUACCGUCUUUCUGUACAUCAGAGAAUCCACACUGGGGAGAAACCUUAUGAAUGUAAGCACUGUGGAAAGACAUUCACUUGCACCUACGGUCUUUCUGUACACCUGAGUAUCCACACUGGGGAGAGACCACAUGAAUGCAAGCAGUGUGGAAAAACAUUUAAUCACAGGUACCAUCUAGAAGUACAUCAGAGAAUCCACACUGGGGAGAGACCUUAUGAAUGCAAGCAGUGUGGAAAGACAUUCACUUGCACCUACAGUCUUUCUGUACACCUGAGAAUCCACACUGGGGAGAAACCUCAUGAAUGCAAGCAGUGUGGAAAGACAUUCAAUCAGAGGUACCAUCUUGAUGUGCAUCAGAGAAUCCACACUGGGGAGAAACCUUAUGAAUGCAAGCAGUGUGGAAAGACAUUUGCUUCCACCUCCAGUCUUUCUAAACAUCAGAGAGUCCAUACUGGGGAGAAGCCUUAUGAAUGUAAGCAGUGUGGAAAGACAUUCACUUGUACCUCCAGUCUUGCUAAACAUCAGAGAAUCCACACUGGGGAGAAACCUUAUGAAUGUACGCAAUGUGGAAAGACAUUCACUCAGAGGUCCAGUCUUGCUGUACAUCAGAGAAUCCACACUGGGGAGAGACCUUAUGAAUGCAAGCAGUGUGGAAAGACAUUCACUUGCACCUCCAGUAUUUCUGUACAUCAGAGAAUCCACACUGGGGAGAAACCUUAUGAAUGUAAGCAGUGUGGAAAGACAUUCAUUCAGAGUUACUGUCUUGCUGUACAUCAGAGAAUCCACACUGGGGACAAACCCUAUGCAUGCAAACAAUGUGGAAAGGCAUUCAGUCAGCGCUCCCAUCUUGCUGUACAUCAGAGAAUCCACACUGGGGAGAAACCUUAUGAAUGAAGUAAUAUGGAAAAACAUUCAGUUGGGGCUCCAAUCCUGCCAUCUAUCAAAGCCACACUGGGAAGAAACCUCAAGAAUAAAAGCUAUGUGGAAAGGUUUAUAUUCAGGUCCAAUCUUACUAUGUGUUGGAGUAAAAUUUCCCUCCUUUUGGGGGCAGCAUUGUCGAAUUAGAAAUCUGUUGCCCUACAAACUGCUUGUCAACAUCCCACGCAUCCUGUUUUUCUGUGCUGGCAGACAGGAUAUAAAUUUGUUGGAACUUUGCCUCUCAUGCUUCUCUACCUGUCAGGGUAGCUGAGAACAGGGGAUUUUUCAGCAGCUAGAAAAACUUAGUCUUGUUCUAUUUUGUUAGAAUAUAAACUAUAAAACUAUAA